CAUUCACAUAAAACGCUGCGCGGCCGGCGGAAUCCCCGGCUUUCUGGGGCAGCGAGUGGCGGGGCCUGGUGCUGAGAUCGCGGGGCGUGAAGAGCGUCGCGCGGCCCCCCGCGCCGGGCACCGUUUGCAAGGCCAUAGCCCUGCGGGGUGGCCGCCGGUCCUCGGCCGCCCGCACGCCGGCCUUGGGCAGCUGUGGGGCGCGCAGCGCCGGGCCGCUGGGUGGCAGCGGCAUGAAGGUCACGUCGCUCGACGGGCGCCAGCUGCGCAAGAUGCUCCGCAAGGAGGCAGAGGCGCGCUGCGUGGUGCUCGACUGCCGGCCCUACCUGGCCUUCGCCGCGUCCAGCGUGCGCGGCUCGCUCAACGUCAACCUCAACUCGGUGGUGCUGCGGCGGGCCCGGGGCGGCGCGGUGUCUGCGCGCUACGUGCUGCCCGACGAGGCGGCGCGCGCCCGGCUGCUGCAGGAGGGCGGCGGCGGCGUGGCGGCGGUAGUCGUGCUGGACCAGGGCAGCCGCCACUGGCAGAAGCUGAGGGAGGAGAGCGCCGCGCGCGUCGUGCUCACCUCGCUGCUGGCCUGCCUGCCCGCCGGCCCGCGGGUCUACUUCCUUAAAGGGGGAUAUGAGACUUUCUACUCACAAUAUCCUGAUUGCUGUGUGGAUGUGAAGCCCAUUUCCCAAGAGAAGAUGGAAAGUGAGAGAGGCCUCCUCAGCCAGUGUGGAAAGCCCGUUCUUAGUGUCACCUACAGACCAGCCUAUGACCAGGGUGGCCCCGUUGAAAUCCUUCCCUUCCUCUACCUUGGAAGUGCCUACCAUGCAUCCAAGUGCGAGUUCCUCGCCAACCUGCACAUCACAGCCCUGCUGAAUGUUUCCCGCCGGGCCUCCGAGGCCUGCACCACCCACCUACACUACAAAUGGAUCCCUGUGGAGGACAGCCACACCGCUGACAUUAGCUCCCACUUUCAAGAAGCAAUAGAGUUUAUCGACUGUGUCAAGGAAGAAGGAGGCAAGGUCCUCGUCCACUGUGAGGCUGGGGUCUCCCGGUCACCCACCAUCUGCAUGGCGUACCUCAUGAAGACCAAGCAGUUCCGCCUGAAGGAGGCCUUCGACUACGUCAGGCAGAGGAGGAGCGUGGUCUCUCCCAACUUUGGCUUCAUGGGACAGCUUCUUCAGUAUGAAUCUGAGAUCUUGCCUUCCACACCCACCCCCCAGCCUCCGUCCCGCCAAGGGGAGGCAGCCAGCUCCUCCUUUAUAGACCACUUACAGACACUGAGCCCUGAUAUGCAGGGUGCCUACUGCACAUUUCCUACCUCAGCGCUGGCACCAGUGCCCACCCACUCCACAGUCGCAGAGCUCCACAGGAGCCCUGUGGCCACAGCCACGUCCUGCUGAGACUGGGAUCAGCUCCCAGGGAAUCUCCAAGAGCAACUGUGAUUUUUGUUUUUUUUUUUUAACUCGAGGACAUUUCAAACCCGUGCAAUACUGAAGACCUCUCUCUGUCCCGCUGCCCCAGUGAGAUGGUGGUGGUCACCAGGCUUGCAGGCGCACUUCAGACUGACCCCGAGGACAGCUUCUCGGACCGUAGGAAGGCCAAGCCAUGACUCCGGCACAGCCCGUGCUGGUUACUGUACUUCCAGAACCCUGCCCACUCAGGACCUCCCCAUCCUUGCACCUCAAGAAGCUCGCCUUUUCAUUUCAAGCAUAAGGCAAUAAAUACCCGCAGCAGAGUGGGAGUGAGAUGCCACUGGACCAGGGGAGAAGGCAGAGACAAGCCAGUUCAUUUAGAAGGAAGCACAAUUUUCACUCUGUUUUUUGAACUUUGGCAAAUUUUGUCUGUCUCUGUCACUUCAAGGAAUAAGCUGGUCACCACCCAGUCAGAAAAGUUACCCCUGCUAGAUCCGUCAAGGCAGAAGAACCUGACAAUCUGAACCCAGAAGUGUUUUUGAGAUUCUGUCUUGGGUCCCAUGAGAGCUACUGGCUGAAGGAGGAGAUGCUGAGCCAUCCGGUUUUCUUUGUCACCAAGGGUUCCUCCAUGACCUUGGACUCCAGCAGGAUUCUUAUGCGUACUUGAACCUGUCCCAUUGUAUCUCUCUUUCAAACAACUCUGGUAUCAUUCAAAGAGUUUUGGGACCCUAGACCAAAAGUCACUCCUUUGAGGAAGUGACAGGAAGUACCCCAGAAAAGGGGUGUGCACUGUGUUCUGGGUCAGUGGUAGUGACAGUCCUUACUUAGCUUAGCGUCCUUCUGUGUGUCGAUGUGUUGUCCAUUGUGACACUUGUUCCCCUCCCUGCCCCUGGGGGGGUUGUCUUCAAACUACUGAUUCUGGGAUUUGCAUCUUUUACAAUGUGGUACUACUUAUGUUCUUUGAUAGGUUAUUUCUCCAGGGGAAAGGCAAUAAGUCCCCCAAACCCCAUGUGAAUGUGAAGAAAAGCAGUAUGUUGCCUGUUGUUGUUUUUUUACAUAGUGCAAAA